AUGGAAAAGCUAAAUGAUCUUGAGACGCGUCUUCAGAAAGUGCGCGAAGAAGAGACAAAAAAGACGCUAUUCGGUGCUCUAAGACGUCGUAUCCGGAAGCCAGAAGUCAUGACACCGGUGGAUGGAGAUGGGGCUAGCUUGAUGAACUACAAACAGCGAGAGUCGCCCCCGCUGAGUCCGCUUGCUGGAAAUCGGUCUGUUCCGAAGAUGAGUACUUCACAGAAGCUUCGUAAUUUCGUUACUGAACCCAUGGGUGACAAACCAGUUACCGCAGUCGCUGGUAUCGGCGAAGUGCUCGGAGAUCGCCUAGUCGCCAAAGGCUAUGACAAAGCCUAUGUUUUGUUCGGACAGUUCUUAGUUUUCAAGAAGGAUGAAGAUCUUUUCCAGAUGUGGUUGAAAGACGAGAUCAAAGCAAAUUCCAAGCAAGCUACAGAUUGCUUCACGUGUCUGAAAGAAUGGGCAGACCAGAAUAUAGAAACACUUGAUGAAAAGUAUGUGAAGAAUAUAGUACCGUAUUUCGCGCGUUUGGCCAUGGCGGAAAUGGUGCGAAAUGUGAAGAAGAACAAGCGUAAGAGAAAGGGGAAAGAGAGAACUGAAGAAAGUGUGAAAGCUACGUCAGCAAUAGCUGCGCAUUCCGAAGUACCUCAAGUGCAGUCCUCCUCGGGAUCAGAAUUUGCACUUCCCGACGAUAUAUUCGAUGACCUCGAACCGGACAACUAUGCGAACGGCCUUGAAGCAAUUGCGUUGGAUCCAAUAUCAUCAAACUGCAUUGAAGAUGUUGCCGAUGUUGUCACCUUGAGCGUUGUUUACGAUGGUAGUGCAGAGGAAUCCGCUCCGACAGAAAGGAGUACCACACCUCUGCCAUUGCCAGAAUUACUGGCGCUUCAUCAGAAUAUCCAGUUGGAACGAAACGACUUUUUUGUGUCUUCAUUUGUAGCCAGCCAAGCCCGAGUGGAUCGUGAACCCUUGUUCGAACUCGUUUCAGCUUAUCUGACAAGCCGUUCGCGGUUGAUCGCAGCAGUAGCACGAGCAAAAAUUUUGAAAGAAGAUUCCAAGAAGUUUGAAACGCAAGCGUGGUCCGUAGAACGAGCCCGCUCGGUCAUCGAGGAUGAGUGUAUCGAUGGGGCGAAAGUUUACGGCGUUCGAGAAUUUACCGUUGCAACAUUUGAUCACGAUAAAGGAAAAUUGCACCUAUCCGCAGUCCUGCGCAAGUUGAGAACAUGUCUUUAUGAAAAUCACUCGCUGUAUCUGCACUUGGCGUUAGUUGCGCGGCUCAGGAUUGAAGCACACUUGGAAAGAAUUAUUGAAAGCCUUUCACUGAAUGAUGCAAGUGACCUCAAGCAAAUGCCUGACUCCAAUUCCUCACCAUCCUGUCCUGCUAGUAGUAUGAAUGAUAUGAACGCAGUGAGGUCUUCCAUUUCUGUGCUUUUCUCAUUCAUACGAUUGAAGCACAAGGAUGAUGUAUUUGUGAACGACGUAAAAUGCUGGCUGGAUCGUAUCGUCAGUGUUUUCUUGAAAUUUGCGGACAAAUCCGAUUACCUUUUUCUGUUGAAUCAUGGUCUUCGAUGUCCAGCUGGAACCGGAAAAUGGACAGCAAGAUUCAUCAUUUGCCCACCGAUCGUGCCGAUUGAUCCCAAUUGUGUCGUCACUCCGGCGGUUGAUCAUGCAAUUGUUAUGUUGUCGACGAUUUUAAAUGGACCUGUGCGUGCACGAAAAACGUUCCUAGCCGCCCUCUCCGUGGAUACUUCGGGUGAUGAAUUAGACGAUAACUGGACAUUGUUGGACGACGAAGACGAAGAAUCCGCCGACAGAGAUCCAGUGGAAUUUUUGGAAUCAGAUUUACUCGCGUUUAUCGCGAGAAUUCCUUUUUACGAUUUGAUUCGACAGCUUCUGGGAGUUAUCGGGAAUGAAGAAGCUGGAAAAGCUGUUGUGUUGCCAUCAGACAGUGAUAAUUUCAUGAAGUCCAUCGCCGUCACGACCCGUAUUUGUGAAAUACUUCGCUCGGGAAUGUCGACUUAUACCGACUUGAAGUACCGCAAUUUAGGGAAACUACUCUGUCGAUUUCUGUCACAUCUGGCCCAGUUUAUGAAUGAUUACUUCGAAGUUCUUCAAAAGCAAGACCUGCCAGAAUUCCAUACUUUGCAAGGGGAAUACGACGCCUUUUUUGAGCGAGUCUUCAUGGCCAUCCGUUCUGCAAAAAUUUGCGGAGGUUGGCAGUUUUUGUCGCAGCUCAACUACAAGAACGUUUCUCUGAUAGAAUUGCAUCAGUUGAAGAAAGUCGCGCUGUGUGUAACGUCUCCUUCACAUUUUCUUGAAGCUGCUGAUGAAGAUAGAAAGAAAAAUGAAAACGGCCUAGAGCUUCAAGGGCUUGACGAAAUUCUCGGGAUCCUCUCAGAAUCAGAUUCUUUCUACAUUAUGGCAGCGAUUGUGAAAAUGGCAGCAUCGCGACCGAGCAAGUGUGGCGGUGAAAAGAACUUUCUCUCCUCUGUGAUAUUAGAUGUACUAAAAGUUGGCUUUCUUGACGCUGAGCAUCAAGUGAAGCAGUCGAAACCCUGUCGAGAUCUGCUGUCUUCUUUAUCCACGCAUCAUCCGAUGGCGAUGUCAAUCAUUCUACGCGAGCUGAUCCGAAAUAUAUCUUCCUUCGAUGAGUUGAGUCUGUACCUCGUACGAGACUUACCUUGGGAUCUUUGGAAGCCCGACGACGAAGAUGUGCAUUUAUUGGCACAAUGCGUGACGAACAGCGGUACCGAAUCGUGGGAUAGCCAGUGUGCUAGACUGAUCAUUUCUCGGCUGAAUUACGGUGUUGAUAGGACGAGCAACCUCUUAUUCCUUGAUCGAGAAGUGCAUAGGAAAAUUGCCUCUGCACUGGUGGCCUGCCAUAUGCGACAUGCUUCGUAUUCCGGACCGCGUUUCGAUUCUUGGGCGUGGGAAACGCUUCGUUCUCUUAAAUUGCACAUUAUGCACGUCCCUCAGGAAUCGGUGGCAGCAAUUCUUGAUGGAGAUCACCAUCGUUUCCAUAAAGUCCCAGAGCUGGAAGGUUGCAGUUGUGAAGAUUGGUUGCUCUCCGUCAAAAAUGGAUGCGAAGCGAACGAGCCGAUGGCCCAUUGCGUUGCUCUCCUUGCUACUGACGUUGGCCACUCGGUGCCGUUGUUAAUUUCCAGGGGAUUCAAUUUCCUCACGUGUCUGGCGGGAGCUGGAAUGGGUUUAUCAGCGAAGAAGACCCUAGUUUUCAUUUUAGACGCAGUUUUACCUCUGUUUUACUCAUGUCCUGGGGAACUGCGUCACUGCAGUGCAUUGUCUUCAUCGAUCAGUGGGUUACUAUUUUCGGACUCCCACUAUUUGAAUCUCGCCAAAGGCUUGAUCGUAAAUGUUCCACCUGGGCCAAUAUUGUCCAUGCUCUUGGCUACCAUCCGUCGCCGAAUCAGUAUUGAUAGAGAAAAUGAUCCCGGAAAUGGACCAACUGGUGCCGUCCUCACUUGGUUCGAAAUACUGACGUCGUCCUGUGAAAGUUGGUGGACCAAUAGCUCAGUUUUGCGUCUUUUAGAUGCCCUCUGUGAAGGUGCCAUCUUUUGUGAUGCUGCUUGGAAAACCUGGGAAGUUUUAUGCGGUAAAAUUAUGCAUUUGCAGAAGGAAGCCCCUGUCGCUAAAUCCGGGAGAGGAAUUCAACUUCUUCAGUGGGUUCGUUCUUCCGGAGCAUCUUGCCCGCCGUUGAUGCCUAAGUGGCCUUUGCCUGAGUAUCCCUGGUAUGCUCUGACUGCAAUGAGAGCGUGUGUGCGGUUAGAGGAAGAAGACUCUGGAUUUUUUAAAGCAUUAUGCCUGGAGAUGGUUGCUGACCCAGGCAUUAGUGUUGAUGUUGCCUUCAAGCGGACUCAUCAAGUAGCGUCGAAUCCUUCUGAAAAAUUCCGUCCGCAAAACCUGCAGUCGGUGUCGAUUUAUCGAUGGGCUCAGCAAGCAAUUGCAUGUUGUGGAUCAUUACCGGACGCUGUCUGUCCAACGUUGCCUUUUUUAAUGCAAGAAUUUUCUUCCAAAUAUUUCUACCGAAUAACAGACGCCUUGAAGUUUCGAGGGAUCGAGCAUGCGAGUGUAGGGUUCAAGUUUUUCGAGGAUCAUGUAAAUUUUUCUAUCUUGAAAAAUUUGAAGCGAAAAUUGAACGACGCGAAGGCUGUGGCAGAUAAUAAGGCUUUGGGGGAUUCUUGUUAUCACGAUGAAACCCUCGACGCCGUCGUGUUCAAGGACUUGAAGUACUGGAAAAAUGUGUCUUCUGUGUUGGAUGCAUCUGGGCUGUGGCUUGAGGAAAAAAUGCUUCACGAUAUGCACGUCUACCUCGACGCUUUACCCCCGAGGUUUUUACGUGACAAAUUAGAAGCCUUGUUUUCUGGGGAUCGCACCCCUUGGUAUUGCUGUCUAGAUUUAGAGCAGUUCGAGUGGCUCCUCAAUAAAGAAACCAACGAUUGGACUGUGAUGAUGAGCGGAAAAAGGUCUUCCAGGAGCAAGAAGCAGAUCGUCAACCACUCUCCGGCCCAACAGCAAAAAUCUUCGCUUUCUUCGGAAGGAAGCUUUAGCGAUCUCGAUCCCGCCUCUCGAAUAAUCACGCGAUUGCGUGACAUUGGUUCAAUUUUUACGCAUUCGGUGAAUCUCGCAAAAAUAGCGGAAGCGGGUGGGUAUGAACAAAGAGUAGGGUUCAUUACUGGGUUCUCACCGGGGCUGCUGGCUUCGCCUGCUUCUGUCGCUGCUGUGAUCGAGCCGCGCAUUCGUAUUUUGAAUGAACAGGCUGAAUUUCACGCGAAGAGAUGCGCCGAACACAUCGGGUUAGAUGCCAAUUUCAUCGAAGAUCUCCUCCCAAAACUCUACAACCCAGUAGAAAAAUCAGCCACCGUUGUUGCAACUUGCCGCGACAAAAUACCUCCAGGAAUAGUUCCACAAGGCGGCGUAGGCAGCAGCUUGCGUGGAAUCGCUAGUGCUGUGAAGCUCAGACCAUCCCAAGGUUCAUCACAACCUCCGUGUCGUGGGCCUGUUCAAAUGGUCAUGAAGUACGUUGAGAGUGUGAUGAACGAAGCUAUUGGAUAUCAAAUCAGUCAAAACCGGAAAGACUGGGAAAUUAUGAUUCGACAAGCGUUGGAACAACCACCAGAAGAGGCUUUACAAGCUGGUUUUAUUCUUUCCGAAAUCGUAUCGUCCUUGUGCGACGCACGCGAGAAUCCUUGGGGAGACGAUCAUUUCGCGCGAUCCGGACUGACUGUCUUCUACUGUUUGAUCGACGGCAUUAAUCCUGAUUUGGAAGGAUUUCCACCGACCCGGCAACUUUUCAGCAGCUUGGUUGAGAAACUUGGACAGACGUUCGUGUGCAACCGGGUGGAAGAAUGUCGACGGUUGUUGGAUAAACUUCUUUUGAAGCCUACUUUGCUCGGCCUCCUGGCACCGCAUUGGUCCAUGGUUGCAUCUGCACAGCCAGAAAUAUUCGUUCCCGUUUAUAAACGAGUUUUGCUGGAGUCAUUCCGAUUUGAUGACAGUCCCGACCUCCCAUUUGUUUUGCUCUCAAAGUGUGAUCUGAAGACAUGGUUGCCGCGGGUGAACCCCGCCCUCGAAUACGUCGAGAGGUUGAUGGAAGCGCAGAUGUCGUGUCUCAGCGAGGAACCCGCGGAAGACUCCAAAAGAGACCCCGCUUAUGCACUCGUCCGUAGGCAUUUCCGUCACUGCAUUGCCUGGAAUUUUCCUUGCGGGUUCCGAUGCGGCCUGGAGAAAUUAUUGCAAGCUUCAAGAUCGUUUGAAGCGCCGAUUGGAAUGUGGUUUGAAUUUCUUGCCGCUAUUCUCGGAGCUAGUCAAGUACACGGACCGAAUGGGGGGAUGGACGCUUCUAUCGACGCCUGGGGGCCGGUUUGGAGGAAUUUCGCGCAGCAGCAAAGCGGGUUGAGCCUAUGCAUGAUUUCAGAAACCAUUCACUACCUCGGCAGACAAAUGGAAGAAGAUAGAACCGGUGGAAUGAGCACGUAUGGCCUGUACGCUUCUUACAGGAAAUACGUGAAGCCAUUGGCAUGUCUGUUCGGAUUGUUGGCGAAUGCUUUCAUAAUUUCAAGCUUGCAUGCCGAUGCUGGUUCUCUCUCAGGCCCUCUGCUGAAGUCAAUGUGGCAAGAGAUAAUCGGACUGUUCCGAUAUUGGAUUUGCCCGGCAACGCUUCCGUAUUUACCUCAAGACACGGCUUCGGCUCCUGAUGUUCCAUCGCUUCCAUGGGUUCCUGCGGACGCUCAGCUGGCUGAUCACAUGUUGGCUGCAUUCGUCUCUGCAGUGGCAUUGCUUCAUGAAACUGUUCCAGCUUCGCAUAGUGCCUUAUCCAUCUUGUGGGAAUGGUACGUACAAACCUUCGCAAAUACGUACACCAAACCUCAUGUGUUCUCCGUUGUGCAUUCGCGCUUGUCUACUCUGCCAUGGAGAUCGUUUUGGCCGGGUUGUCGAGACGUGGAGCUAAUGACAAAGUUGUCGGAAUCGUACAUGCCUGACUGUCACGCAUUUUUGGGAUCAAUCUUUGUGAGGAUUUGUUGGUCAGACGUUUUGAAUGCCGCCCUGGACCAGCCCGUGUUGCGUGGACAAUCACCUGACCGUCUGCCCCCGAAAGCAGUAACUUUGGUUUCAGAGUACUUCGGGCUGCUUAGCGAGUUUUUAUUGCCGCUUUUGACGCAAGCCGACCAGCUUCCGUUGAGCCAGUGCGUUGAUCAAAUAACUUUCGAGAAAUUGGUUCAUUGGUUUCUGCUGUCCUGUGAUGCGAAGAUCGUUUUGGACAUUCCUGAAAAGGAUUUCAUAGAUUUUCAGACGUACAAGUUAUUGGAAGCUGCGAGUGGCAUCAGAAGCAAGCGUCUGCCUGUGUCUCCGACGAUUCAUUCAAAAUGUAGACUGUUUAUACGAGCUUACGUCCGAUUGUUGCUGUCUUGCCACAGCAAGUACAAGGCGUUGUUUGCUGCCAGCAAUGUCGCCGUCCGUGACAGCGUUCGGCGAGUUGCUGGUCUCGUCGAGAUGCGUUGCCGUGACAGCGAGGAAGAAAAACUUGCGUCAGCCUUGAUUGACGAAUUGCUAGUCGCGGCAGUGAAGCUGGACGCUAAACCAAACACACCGGUGACGUGUGAAGGCCAGUUUGAAGUGGGCAGCGUCGAGCAAGGCUUCAUGGAGUGGAUUUCUUCGAAUGACUGGCAAACCGGUAUUUUGAAGCUUGUGCUGAGUUCGUUGGGGCGGCUGGUGACUGCAGGAGCUGGGUCGAGUGGUGUCUGGCGAUACGAUGCUGCAGCGUCCCUGGGAAGACUACUGGAGGCGGCCUUGAGCAAAAGUUUUUGCUCUGACGCGUCCGCUUCUAGAGACGAAUCGGAGGGUUUAAGCGAUCACUGGGACGAAGUGUCGAGCGUGGUCUGGAAGGGCAUCGGUAAUCCUGGUGCGGACUUCUGGCGAAUUGUAGCGUCUGAAGGAUGCUUGCUGCUGUCAUACUCAGUUUGCAGAUUCAAGCGGCCAGUCAGAGAGAGUCAUUUGGAAACAGCCAAAGACUGCGUUUCAUGGGCAGAGGAGGCCAAAAAUUGCUUAGCGAUGGAACCAAAAUUUUUCCUAAUGUGGGACGAGGUACUAGAAAGUUUGAGUGCUUGGAGAAACACGCUUGGAUUGUCUGAUCUAGCCAAGGGUCGGACCCCGGAUGCCAGAGAGCUUUCUGUACGUUUGGCCCAAGAACGAGAAGUGCUGUCUCGAUUAACCGGAUUGACUCUCACCAUGUCGGAGGAACGGGCCAGUGGCGGAUUUAUGGGUGCUAUUGGUUUAGGGAAACGAUCGCAAUUUUCAUCCGAGUUCAGGUUCAUUUGCGCUUGCCUAGCUGCUGUCCUGACAAUUAUCCGUGUGAAGAACAAUGGUCUGGACCACGCUGAACUGCAAAGCCAAAAGAAGCUACACUCGCUAGACGGGUGGAAACGCGUGUUGUUGGAGAACAAAGCUUUUGCUCCCUUUGCAGAGAGCGCAACCUGGCUGUUGGAUUACUUGCAUUCAAUCAUUCAUCCGAAAGAGAUUGACGAUGCUGGAACAGGACUGAAAACAGACCAUGAACUCGGUUCAGCAGGACCGCUGAUGUCUUCCGCGAUCCGAAAAGGGAUUUUGCGCAAAAUCAUUUGUGGCUUUUACCCCGUUCCGUAUCUGACUGAAGUUUUUCUUGGGGAAAAAGACUUGACUUUACGACAAGCCCGUUCACGGCUGUCUUCUGAAUCUGACCGCUAUCAUCCUGUGUGGGGUGCAUGGGAGAAUUCCGUGAAUAAAGAAAGCGUUUUUUCGUUGGAAAGCGAAACGUUCCUGGUCGCGUCCCGGAACGCGUCCCUGACGCGUGCCCCGCCGACAUGGCUGUCCGCCAGUGCGGCCGGGAACGGGCCGAUACGAGGCUGA